GGAACAUCUAGAAUUAAGUGUAUCCAAUUUGGAAGCCACGAGAUCGAGACCUGGCAUGUUUCUCCAUAUCCGGAGGACAUUACUGAGUUAAACAAAAUUUUUAUCUGUGAAUUUUGCCUUCGUUACAUGAAAAGUGCUACUACAUUACAAUAUCAUAUGGGUAAAUGCAAUGUCUAUCACCCACCUGGAAUUGAAAUUUAUAGAAAAGAUAACUUAUCAGUCUUUGAAGUUGAUGGAAAUAAGCAGAAGGAAUACUGUAGGAACUUAUGCUUGCUGGCGAAAUUAUUUCUUGACCAUAAGACUUUGUUUCACGAUGUUGAACCAUUCUUGUUUUAUGUCAUGGCUCAUUAUGAUACCUUUGGCUAUCAUAUGAUCGGCUAUUUCUCGAAGGAAAAGCGAUCAGAAUGUAAUUACAACUUGUCAUGCAUCAUGAUUUUACCCCAAUAUAUGAAGCAAGGCUACGGAAAAAUGCUAAUCGAUUUCAGUUACUUGCUAUCAAGGCUGAAGGACAGAUGUGGGUCGCCUGAGAGACCGCUUUCUGACUUGGGCCUUUUAAGCUAUCGUAGUUACUGGAAAAGUAUUAUUUUACAACAUCUACAACGAUAUAAUAAAGAAGAAAUUUCGUUAAAAGAAAUUAGCCAGGAUACUGCUGUCCAUACCUCUGAUCUGAUUAGUACGCUGCAAUCGCUUGAUAUGCUUAAGUAUUGGAAAGGAAUGCAUUUAAUUCAUAUUAAGGAGGACCUUAUGAAAGAAUUUUCAAAGAAGAAUAGGUGUCGACCUGGAAUUGCUAUUGAUCCUACGGCUUUAAAGUGGUCUACGACAAAUAGCAGAGAAUGA